GCAUAAAUGAGAUAUAAACCACCUCAUCAUUACAGCAGUAGAACCCACUAGUAACUACCAGAUGGAAGAUCUCGGGGUCUCAACUCGCGACAUGCAGUGCUAUGCGAGAACGAUGGGUGAAACUCUGGCGACGUUGCAUUGGUUUGGGGAGGUCGAUGCGAAUGAUAUCGAGUUCGUUCUCUUUCGAUUGUUGUCGGUCGAUGUCGAUGGAUCUGGAUGGCGUCCAGCAGGCUGUUACUGCCUUCUGGCGAAACGACCCUUUUUAUCCUCGGGCGCAAACGGAUCUGUGGGCUGGUUUUCGGGAGCAAUAUCUGAAAACUACACAAGAUAGUGCAUCCGCAUCUACGUUUCCAGAGGAGCGACUGGUCCUGGCUCUGCUAUUCAUUGGGCUCAUUGAGGGGAGGGCCAGAGACUCCUGUGAAGGGGUUCUUGGGUCACAGUGAAUGUUACUUGGUGCUAUUCACUGCACAUAACAAAUCCCUUCCCUCCGAGUGUUACUAGUACGUAGCUUGAGGGAUUUUGUCUUAUACUCUCCAGCUCUCCCUUCUCCCUACCCGUCCAAGACACGGCUUCAAGACGUCUUCACCUCGUUGAGGGCAAAGCAAGAAAACCUCUAUUACGUCCCGAGCCAACGCCAUCCAAGAU